AUGAUAUUCCCUCUAGCUUUCUUCACAAGUAUGAUCCACGUGAUGGUUCAUUUGCCAGAAGAGGCAUUGCUCGCUGGUUCUGUAAACUAUCGCUGGAUGUAUCCAAUAGAAAGGCUUCUCGGAGAGUUGAAAAAAACUGUGCGCAAUAGGGCGAAACCCGAAGAAUCAAUUAUAGAGGCUUGGGUUCAAUAUGAGUCGCUUACUUUCUAUGGAAUGUAUUUAAAAGAUGUGGACGCGGCUUUCAAUCGUCCUCAGCACAAUAAUGACGGAGGUCUGAGAAAUGAGAAACUUUCUGUUUUCGUCCAAAGCGCACGACCCUUUGGAGAUCCGGUACGAGGAGAGUCGUUUUCCAGAAAUGACAUGGAGGUAGCGCAUUGGUUCGUACUUAACAAUUUUGAUGAGAUAAUGUCAUACUUAGAUGAGCAUGAAGAGAUGAUGAAGCGAGAACAUCCAUCACAUUUGUAUGCCAAGAAACACCGUGAUUUGUUUCCAAAAUGGUUUUUGGAAUAUGUGAAUAAGUUGAAAUCAUCGAAUUCACCCUCUUACAAUGAAGAGUUAUAUAACUUGGCGUUCGGCCUUAUUCGCACUAAAUUAUUCUCAGGUUGCCAUGUUAAUGGCGUCAAGUUUUUGGGGACUGCACGAGAUGAUAAGUUGUGUACGCAAAACACCGGUGUCCAUGUCCCAGGUGGUGGCGAAAGUACUGACAUUGAUUUCUAUGGCAAACUCACAACUGUCGUGCAAUUGCUUUACAAAGACCAAUACCAAGUGAUCAUGUUUAAGUGUCGAUGGUUUGAUACAAACCCAAAUAGGCAGGGAAGUGUUAAAAUAGACCAUGGCUUACUAUCUGUGAACAUUAACAGAACUUGGUAUGAUGACGACCCUUACAUUUUGGCAAACAUGGCAAGACAGAUUGUGUAUCUAAAUGACCCUAAAGCCGGAAGCGGUUGGAAAGUUGCUCAGCAGAUGGAUCAGAGGAACGUGUAUGCUAUACCAGAACUAGACCCAACUGACAACGACGUCGACAACGUCACUAACCAACGGUUGGAAUCUUCCAUGGAAACUGAUGCAGAAACACUUCGAGAUAUAGAUGUUAUACAAGAACCGUUUUAG